AUGGGGAAGCGCAGCAGCCGCAGCCAGAGCCAGCUGCUCAGCACCCUGACCAAGAAGCAGAAGAAGCAUCUUCGGGAUUUCGGCGAGGAGCAUCCCUUCUAUGACAGGGUUUCCAGCAAGGAAGCAAAACCGCAGAUCUGUCAACUGGCGGAGAACUCAGAUACUUCAAACUCUGAAAGUGAAUCAGAGAGUGAACCAGAAGAAGUUUCUGGGUACCACAAACUACUGGCCACAUUAAAGAAUGUUUCUGAGGAAGAGGAGGAGGAGGAGGAAGAAGAGGAAGAAGAAGAAGAAGACGAUGAAGACAGUGCUUUAGCUGAGGCAGAAAUGAACAGCGACAGUGAUGUCAGUGAGGAGGAGGAGACAGCAGCAGAGUCUGCUGGGAUGCAGGACAGUAACGUCUUACCUGCUGACCCCAAGGAAAAAGAUGGGGACGAGCCACCUGGCACCUCACAGCAAGCGGCCCCGGAGGAGUUCACAGAUACAAAACACGAGUCGCUUUUCAGCCUGGAAACCAACUUUCUCGAAGAGGAGAGUGGAGGCCACUGUCCUCUGAAAACAUCAGAAGACCCAUUUCUACAACACGUCAACAAGGAACUGAAAGAAAAAGAAAUUCAGGCUGUUGCCACAAAUCCCAAAACUACCCACGAGCUAAAAUGGCCCACGCUGGGCCAGCUUGUCUUUUCAUCCAAGUUCCAGAAGUUGGAAACAUUUAAACCCCCAAAGGACCUUGACCUAAAGGCACUUUGUCUCCAGAAGCCCCUGGAAUCCACCUGGACCAAGACCAACAGCCAGUUCCUCUCUGGCCCCCAGAAAUCAAGCAGCCCCUUCACGCCGCUGCAGAAAGAGCUCUUCCUGGUUAUGAAUUCUUACCGGGACCUGUUCUACCCUGAGAGGACCGCCCUGAAGAACGGGGAGGAGAUCCGCCACGUGUACUGCCUGCACGCCAUCAAUCACGUCCUCAAAGCCAACGCCCAGGUGCUCGCCAACAACAGCAGGCGCCGGGGCCAGAAGCCUGGGGUGGGCGAUGAUGACGACUUCCGGGACCAGGGGCUGACGAGGCCCAAGGUGCUGAUAGUGGUGCCCUUCCGGGAAGCUGCUCUGCGGGUGGUCCAGCUCUUCAUCAGCCUCCUCGAGGGCGACGGCAAGAAGAAAAUAAUCGUGAGCAACAAGAAGAGGUUUAACGGAGAGUAUGGCUCCGACCCCGAGGAGAGGCCGCCCAACCUGAAGAGGCCUGAGGAUUACGAAGCCGUAUUUGUCGGCAACAUUGAUGACCACUUUAGGAUCGGAGUGGCAAUACUCCAGAGAAGUAUCCGGCUCUAUGCCCCCUUUUACUCCUCGGACAUCCUCAUCGCCUCCCCUCUGGGCUUGAGGACCAUCAUUGGCGCAGACGGGGAGAAGAAGAGGGAUUUCGACUUUUUGUCUUCCAUUGAGCUUCUCAUCAUUGAUCAAGCUGACAUUUACCUGAUGCAGAACUGGGAGCAUGUCCUGCAUUUGAUGAACCACAUGAACCUGCUGCCCUUGGACUCGCAUGGGGUGGACUUCUCUCGCGUGCGCAUGUGGAGCCUCAAUAAUUGGUCCAAGUACUAUCGGCAGACACUGCUGUUCGGGGCCCUGCAGGACGCCCAGAUCAACUCCGUGUUCAACAAGUACUGUGUCAAUGUGCAAGGCCAGGUGGCCGUGAGGAACGUCCCGCUGACGGGCUCCAUCAGUCAUGUGCUGGUGCAGCUCCCACACGUCUUCCAGAGGAUGGAAGCUGAAAACCUAGCUGCAGUGAUUGACGCCAGGUUUAACUUCUUCGUGAACAAAAUUUUGCCUCAGUAUCGAGAUGCAGUCAUGUCUCACACGCUCAUCUACGUCCCCUCCUACUUUGACUUUGUGCGUCUCCGAAAUUACUUCAAGAAGGAGGACCUGAAUUUCACGCACAUCUGCGAGUACACCCAGAAGUCCGCCAUCUCCAGGGCCAGACACUUCUUCCUGCACGGGGAGAGGCAGUUCCUGCUUCUCACGGAGCGCUUCCACUUCUACAAAAGGUACACGAUCAAAGGCAUCAGGAACCUGAUUUUCUAUGAGCUGCCCACAUAUCCCCACUUCUACAGUGAAGUCUGCAACAUGCUGAGAGCCACCACCAGGGGAGAGGAAGCCGCCUGGACCUGCACCGUCCUCUACUCCAAGUACGACGCCCAGCGGCUGGCUGCGGUGGUCGGCGCGGAGCGGGCCGCGCAGAUGCUGCAGUCCAAGAAGAACGUCCACCUCUUUAUCACCGGGGAGAGAUGA